AUGACCAAGUUGCUGUUAACUUGUGCGAUGAUAUCUCCAGCUAGGGCUGUUCUCAAACACCAAUCAACUCCCGGAGUCCACGGAUCAUCUUCAAACUAUGAGUCGCGUGAAUGGGUUGGCGCACCAAAUUUCAGCAAUGUUUCUUGGCUUAGCGUUUCCAUAACGGCGUAUGGAGAACAGAUGGAGGCCAUACCCUUUGGAUACGGUGGUGGACCUAUGACUGUUAUCCCUGCAGAUCAGCCGUUCUCCGGGCGCGAAAGCGGCGGCGGAACUCGGGCUGAAGUUUACGGUAACUCACUGAUCCCGAUUCUCUGCAGAUACUACGGAAGUGGGUAUCCGGGCCAACAACAAUGUGGCGUUGAUGGACGUGGUUUCCCGUUCGUCUUUUGGCCUGUCGUGUUCACGGCGCCUGUGGUAGGAGGCGGCGCUUCGUAUUUAUAUCGUGAGGCUGAGUACGGUGGGCCGGAUAAUUCUACGCGACCUGGAUCAGCACUCCAGCAAUCAACAUUUUACACAAGCAAUUCUACAUUCCGCCUCAUCUCAGAUACAACAACAUCCACGUACCUCUACUAUGCAAUCACAAGAGGCUGUGCGCUGAGCGUUAACGGUCUACUGUCAACUUUCCCCACAACGUAUAAUUCGUCUAUCUCUGGACGGCCAGAGCAAGCGGUGCAAUAUUAUCGCGCCAGUAGCGUGGUCCUCACUCUCGAUGGAUACAACAACACAGCUGCUUUAAACGAUACCGAACCGGUUGGCCCUCCGGCGCCUUUGCCCUCUGCCAUCGACGUUGACCUUUUGAGAUGCGUUAAUGCAACUAUUGGCGCGUCUGUCCCUCUGUGUAGUGAUGUGUAA